UCAUCGUGAGAAAUGACAUAGCAAAAUACAUUUUGUGUGGAAUCUUGAACUUAUAAUUCAGAUCUUCUACAAUCUUUUCUGGCAAUGUAAACAACAAAGCCACGUCAAGAUUUAAACAAAGCAAAUGAUUCAUAUACUAUACAGAUAGUAAAUACGUAUUUACAGUACGAUGAUAAUAAAUCUUUCUAGGAAUGAAAUGAAAAGUGGAAACAAACGGAUAAUAAAUUAAUCAAUUGAACUAGAAUGGUAUCGCCAGAAGAUAGUGAAGAAUUCAUAAAAAAAGCAUUUCUUAAAUUAACCGAAAAUUAUAUUCAACAUGGAGCUGUGAUAAAUGAUUUAAAAUCUAUUACUAUGACUACUAAUUCCAAAAGUGCCAAGAAUCGUAGCUUCACGAGGCGUUCGAAGAAAUUGCUGGUGAUGUUGUUAAUGCCAUUUCUUUAUGGCGUGUUUAAUAGAUAUGUUUACAAUAUAAUUAAGAAUUUUCAAGGAACUCGAUGCUUGUUACCGAACAAUUAUUUCAUAUGGGAGUUUACAAGACCGAUAACUAAUUGCGAUUACUGUCGUGACAUCGAAGCGCCGCUAAUCUUGCCGAAUUUGACUAAAGAGGAAUUUCGCUUUUAUUCCUAUUUGUCGCGACCUAUGAUAAUAAAGAAUGCAGCCUAUAAUUGGCCUGCGCAUAAAGAAUUUACUUUGGACUUUUUUCGGAACUUGUACGAGCGUAUCGAGGGUGCUUACGAGUCGAUAGAGGAGGAAUGCCAGUUUUUGCAUUUUAAGAGUAACUUCGCAAACAUACGCGAGGUAUUUGCGAUGAGUGAAGAUCGAGCGUUACACCGAGAGGGCGAAGAACCCUGGUAUGUCGGCUGGAAAAAUUGCCAUCCACAAAUUCUAGAUACCAUGAAGCAAUUUUACAACAUACCUCACUUUUUGCCGGAUGACGCUGAAAUUCCAUAUAGCAAUUACAUUUUCAUGGGGUAUGAGGAAGGUGCCGUUAUGCACUUGGAUUACAUAUCGAGACUGAUGUGGCAAGCUCAAGUAAUAGGUAGCAAAACAUGGACCGUGGCUCCAACACCGGAAUGCGAUAGCGAAUGUAAAUCUUUUCAAUUUUCCGUCAAUGUAACGGAUGUCGUACUGUUAGAUACGCGAAUUUGGUAUCACAGUACUCACAUUGAAAAUGGAAAUCUUAGUUUAACAGUUAGCUCUGAGUACGGAUAG